UCCAGUAAAAAAAAUUCAGCUGUUGGGGCAUAAAUUUCACUUGAAGUUUUGCUUUGAAAAAAGUGAAUUUUAUCUAUUGAAUUUAAAAAAAAAUUUGAAAAUAAGUUUAUUAUUAAACUUAAUUUAUUAUUAUUAUUCUUCUUAAUAUUAUAAAAUUCGUUUAUGAAAUGGGAGGUCGAGGUAGAGGAAGAGCAUAUAUUCGAAAUGCCAAUGUGCAUCUUAAUCGACCAGGUCAAAGUAGUGAACAAAUUUCAACAAAACCAUUGAAAAAUGAUGAAUCUAACGAGAUUAUUAAAUUAAUUGAACAUUUACAAAUCAAUGAAUAUACAACGGACAUUGAAGUUCAUGAAAUGGAAAAAGUUUUAAUCGACGCUGCGAAGAAUAAAAAAUUAAAAGAUGUGUUUGAUGAACUUCAUGAACGUGCUUUGGACGAUCGACAAUUUGGAAUUAAAUUUGCAAUUGUUUUUAGCAAUAAAACAAUUUACUCAUUGGAAAUAAAUGAUGGGACUAAAUUGCAAAUGGUUUUAAUGAGAGCACUACAAAAUACAUAUAUGAGUCAUGAAGAAAUGAUAAAACAGAGUAUAUUUCGAUUUAGAAAUGCAGCAUCGCUAUUGGGUGAGGUAUACAAUCGAUUGAGAAUCGCAUCUCUACCAGUGAGAAUUCUUGAAGAACCAUUACUUCAUUAUAUGAGAAUUUUGCUUGUUAAUUGUGAAGAAAUUGACAUUGAACUUGUUACAACACAGAUUUCGAUAAACGGUCGCAAAAUUUAUGAGGAAAAUCAAAAGCAACUGGAGACUUUUAUUGAGUCUGUGAAAAGUGUUAUUAUUAGUGGUAAUGUGAAUCCACGAUCACGUUGUAUGCUUUUAUUUUUAAUUGAUCUCGCCAAUCACAGAUAUAAUCCACUUUCGGGUGAAUUACAAAAUUUUUACGUUAAUCAUCUUGGAACUCAAACAUUUAUAAGUAUUCAACGACACACCGAUCUUCUCACUGUGAAUACAAAGACAAAGAAUCAAAUUGAAGACGGUGAUUUGGACAGCGUUUCCGUGAAAAGUGAAACAAAAUCAAUUGAUUCUGUUGGUAUUUUAAUGAAAGCACCAAACUCUGAUAAUAUCGUUGUUAAUCAAGAUACACGAGUGAUAAAUAAUGAACGAUCAAAGCAACGUCCUGGUGAUGUUGCUCUUGGUCGUGGUCAAAUUCUUCCAAGAGCAAUUCGUGGUUCUGGUGCGACGGAUCAAAGAAAUAUGAAAAAAUCACCAAGGGGCAAAAAGGAUAAAUUAACUGACGAACAAGUUUGGUCAUCAAAACAAAAUAGUUCAAGUAAAGUUUGGGGACAUGAUGAUCGUUUUGAGAAGGAUUAUGAUUAAAAUUUUCUCCAUAUAUAUUGCUAUAUAUAAUAUCAAAAUAUUUCGAGUAUUGUGAGAGAAAAAAAAAUCGACCGUUUUCGAAAAUAAUCGUUUAUAAUUUAAGACAAUAAUUUUCGAAAACAAUAAUUUUUACAUAAAUUUAAGAAUCGUGAGAUUAUUAUUAUUUUUUAAAAUUGUAGUUUACUACAAUAUAUUUGACAUUUUUUUUUUUUUAUACAAUUAAGUAGAAGAAUACGAUUAGAAAUUUUGUUAUGUACAAAUUACAGUGAAACCCACGUAUAUCGGACCCGCAUAAUUCGGAUUCCCGCUUAUAUAGGAUUUUUUUGUCCGGUCCCUUGAAAUCCAAUAUACGUGUGUUUCACUGUAUUUAAUUUAGAAAAAAAAAUUAAGUAGGUAGUUUUUUCAAUUUAUGUCAUACAUUUAUUUAGGGGCACAUUUUUUUUUUCUAAAUAUUUUCAAAGUGAUUUAUUAUUAUUGAAAGAAUUUUCUUUAAAAUAUUGAUUAAUUGUAAUUAUGCUUAGAGAAUUUAAGCACAAAAAAAUUUUUAGGUAUAUAAUUUCAGUAUAUAUUUAUAUACUUAUGAAAUUUGAAAUUUACACACAAAUUUUAGGUUUAUUCGUUACUUUUUUACGAUGUAAUAUGAUAAACAAUUUAGCUAUACCUAAAUCAUAAAUUAUAGUAAUUGCACAA